UACUCCCUCAACUAUACUAAUAUUAUGAAAUACUCCCUCAAGACUUUGAAUACUAUCAAAUAAACCCCUAUACUUAAAUACACAUACAAAAUACCCCCUUAUACAACUAAAAAACGCACCAGCUAUUAUGCGACUUUAGUUGUUUUAAAACGAGUAUAUAACUCUCACGAAAGCGCGCGAUUGAGGGCCAUAAUUUUUUAAGUGCCUCCAGACGUGACACGUGUCCACAUCCUCUUCUUUCUUCGUGGUGGUCUCUGAGUUUUCUACAGAAGUUAAAAAAAAAAAAAAAAAAAAAAAAACUCCACCGGGAUAUCAAUUGAGAGGUCUCAGCUGAAAUGGCCGCCGUCUCCACCGCCACCACCGCCGCGGCGGCGAAGAUUUAUAACCCUCCCCUCUGCUACUCCUCAGUCCGCGAUAUUUGCUCCUUGAAUCCAUCGAAAACUGCUUCCUCCGCUCGUUUCCCGCGCAAAUUUGGAACCUCUUUCGCCACCGGUUCCCCUCUUUUGAUUGAGAAACCCUUGCACCAGAGGAGAAACUGUGUGUACAAGUACAGCAAUUCAAAAUCAGUUUCCAUAAGAUGUGAGCAGAGCAGCAAAGAGGGCAGUGGUAUAGACGUAUGGCUCGGCCGAUUCGCAAUGGUCGGCUUUGUUGCUGCCGUUACUGUCGAAAUCGCUACUGGCAAAGGACUGCUCGAUAAUUUUGGGCUCACAGCGCCAUUGCCGACAGUAGCAUUAGUUGUUACAGCGGUGGUGGGAGUUCUUACUGCAGCUGUCAUCUUCCAAUCUGCAUCCGAUACUUAGACGAAUCGGUUCACAUUUUCUGGUUUGGUUCUUGUAAAACGUUUUCAUCUGCGCCUGUAAUUUUCAUUUUUAUUUUGAUUACCAAUUUUGUCGUAUAUAUAAUGAUCGAUCACAAACGCUAUUCUUUUGUUUCUUUGGUAAAUUAUGCAGACAAUUUGUUGCCAAAUGUAUGCUUCAACCUCUAUUCUAUAUGUAAAAUCAUUUUAAUCU